AUGGCUGGAGGUGUUAUUCAGCAGUUAUUAAGGAGAAAACUCCAAUCUCAUUUCCUUAAAUUUUCUUUUAUGUCAUCAAUUAUCACACAGAAAGAUGGUGCUGGCUCUACAGGCAAUAGCUCCUUUAGAGCAAUGGCAUUAAUUGGAGCUGGUGUCUCAGGGUUUUUGUGUUUUGCUACAACAGCAUUAGCUGAUGAAGCAGAGCAUGGCCUGGCAGUGCCAAGCUAUCCAUGGCCUCACAAAGGCAUCCUUAGUUCAUACGAUCAUGCUUCGGUUCGUCGUGGUCAUCAAGUUUAUCAACAAGUUUGUGCUUCCUGUCAUUCUAUGUCAUUGAUAUCAUACCGUGAUUUGGUUGGUGUUGCUUAUACAGAACAAGAGGUUAAGGCUAUGGCAGCUGAGAUUGAGGUGGCUGAUGGCCCUAAUGAUGAGGGUGAGAUGUUCACACGCCCUGGUAAACUCAGUGAUCGCUUUCCUCAGCCAUAUCCAAAUGAAGCAGCUGCUAGGUUUGCAAAUGGAGGAGCCUAUCCUCCUGAUCUAAGUCUUAUUACCAAAGCUCGUCAUGAUGGUCAAAACUAUGUUUUUGCACUUCUAACUGGUUAUCGUGAUGCUCCUGCUGGUGUUACGAUUCGAGAAGGGCUACACUAUAAUCCUUAUUUUCCUGGCGGGGCCAUUGCCAUGCCUAAAAUGCUUAAUGAUGGUGCUGUUGAAUAUGAAGAUGGAAUCCCUGCUACAGAAUCUCAGAUGGGUAAAGACAUUGUGUCUUUCUUGUCUUGGGCUGCUGAACCAGAAAUGGAAGAGAGAAAACUGAUGGGAUUUAAAUGGAUAUUUAUUCUAUCACUGGCAUUACUUCAAGCUGCCUAUUACCGUCGCCUUCGAUGGUCUGUUCUUAAGUCUCGCAAGCUGGUUCUUGAUGUUGUCAACUAG